CCGGGGUGAGCGCUGGUGUGGACGGGAAGCUCCCGGCCCGGCGGAUUAGCUGGAGUACGGACGCUGCAGCCGGUUGGGCUGGUGCCCUUUCCCGCUCUGGAAAGGAAGAGAAAUGGAAGUGAAAAAAUUGAGCAUUUCCUGGCAGUUCUUGAUAGUUCUGGUUCUGAUCCUGCAAAUUCUGUCUGCGUUGGAUUUUGACCCAUACAGAGUCCUAGGGGUCAGCCGAACAGCCAGUCAGGCUGAUAUUAAAAAGGCUUAUAAGAAGCUCGCCCGGGAAUGGCAUCCUGACAAAAACAAAGAUCCUGGAGCAGAAGACAAGUUCAUUCAGAUCAGCAAGGCUUACGAGAUUCUUUCCAAUGAAGAGAAGCGAUCACAUUAUGAUCAUUACGGCGAUGCUGGGGAGAGCCAGGACUACCAGAAGCAGCAGCAGCGGGAGUACCGCUUCCGACAUUUCCACGAGAAUUUUUAUUUUGAUGAAUCAUUCUUUCACUUCCCUUUCAAUUCUGAACGGCGGGACUCGAUUGAUGAGAAGUAUUUAUUACACUUUUCCCACUAUGUGAACGAAGUAGUUCCAGAUAGCUUCAAGAAACCCUACCUCAUUAAGAUCACCUCCGAUUGGUGCUUCAGCUGUAUCCAUAUUGAGCCUGUGUGGAAAGAAGUAGUCCAAGAACUGGAAGGACUGGGAGUGGGGAUCGGCGUGGUCCAUGCCGGGUAUGAGAGACGCCUGGCCCACCACCUGGGAGCACACAGCACACCCUCUAUCCUAGGAAUCAUAAACGGGAAAAUCUCCUUCUUCCACAAUGCGGUCGUUCGUGAGAACCUCCGGCAGUUCGUAGAGAGCCUUCUUCCAGGGAACUUGGUGGAGAAGGUUACAAAUAAAAAUUACGUCAGAUUCCUCUCUGGCUGGCAGCAAGAGAAUAAGCCUCACGUCCUCCUGUUCGACCAGGGCCCUGUUGUGCCGCUGCUGUACAAGUUGACUGCUUUUGCAUACAAAGAUUAUCUGUCGUUUGGAUAUGUAUAUGUCGGUUUGAGAGGGGCAGAGGAGAUGACCAGGCAGUACAACAUCAACGUGUACGCCCCCACCAUCCUGAUCUUCAAAGAGCACAUAAACAAGCCUGCUGACAUGAUCCAGGCUCGAGGUCUGAAGAAGCAGGUCAUCGAAGACUUCAUCACCCAGAACAAGUACCUGUUGGCCACCAGGCUCACCAGCCAGAAGUUGUUCCAUGAGCUCUGCCCGGUGAAACGGUCUCACCGACAGAGGAAGUACUGUGUGGUCCUGCUGACCGCCGAGGCUCCCAAGUUGAGCAGACCCUUCGAGGCCUUCCUGUCCUUUGCCCUGGCAAACACGCAGGACACUGUGCGGUUUGUGCACGUCCACAGUGGGCGGCAGCAGGAGUUUGCCAGCACGCUGCUGCCAGACGGCGAGGCGUUUCAGGGGAAGUCAGCGGUGUCUAUUUUAGAGAGACGUAACACAGCAGGAAGGGUGGUGUAUAAAACCCUGGGAGACCCCUGGACUGGGAGUGAGAGUGACAAAUUCGUUCUUUUGAGUCAUCUCGACCAACUGCGGAAGGAUCCAGCUCUUCUGUCCUCUGAGGCUGUGCUUCCCGACUUGAUGGACGAACUUGCUCCCUUCUUUCUCCUCCGGUGGCUGUACUCUGCAUCCGACUACCUGGCUGACUGCUGGGACAGCAUAUUCCAUAGCAACUGGCGGGAGAUGAUGCCCCUCCUGUCCCUCAUCUUCUCUGCCCUCUUCAUCCUCUUCGGCACUGUCAUCGUCCAGGCCUUCAGUGACUCAAAUGACGAGCGAGAGUCCCACCCGCCAGAUAAAGAGGAAGUCCCCGAGAAGGUCGGGAAGGCCGAGCCGAGCUUCACCAAGGACAGCAGCAGCAAGAUUCCUAAAAAAGGCUUCGUGGAGGUCACGGAACUCACAGACGUAACGUACACCAGCAACUUGGUACGCCUGAGGCCGGGCCACAUGAACGUGGUCCUCAUCCUGUCCAAUUCCACCAAGACCAGCCUGCUGCAGAAAUUUGCUCUGGAGGUCUACUCGUUCACUGGCACCAGCUGCCUGCACUUCUCCUUCCUGAGUCUGGACAAACACAGAGAGUGGCUGGAAUACUUACUAGAAUUUGCUCAAGAUGCAGCCCCAAUCCCAAACCAGUAUGACAAGCACUUCCUGGAGCGGGACUAUACGGGCUAUGUCCUGGCCCUGAAUGGCCACAAGAAAUACUUCUGCCUCUUCAAGCCCCAAAAAACAGUGGAAGAGGAGGAGGCCCUGGGGUCCUGCGGUGACCUUGACCCCUCCCUCCCCCUGGGCGAGUCUCGGGGGAGACCCUCCUGUGGCCUGGGACCCCGGCCCAUCAAGGGGAAGCUGAGCAAGUUGUCCCUGUGGAUGGAGCGCCUGUUGGAAGGGUCCCUGCAGAGGUUCUACAUCCCGUCCUGGCCCGAGCUAGACUGAGGCUUCAAAAAGGUGUGAACUCCUCCGACUUUUAACACGCCCAGGAACAGGUAUUUUUCAGGACUCAAACAAUCACAACGGACACAGUAUAGAUUUUAGAUGACUCUUCUAGAACCAUGGCUGGAAGACUCUCCUCCUUCCUGUUCUCACCUAGGAGUGAGACACUGCAGGUUUGAAUUCUCUAGAUCAAAAUACUUCCCCCUGGGUUUUUUGUCUUCAGUUGAAUGCCGCACUGUUUAACCAGACUGCUCGUUCCCUCUUCUUUGUUGUCCCUGUCCCGGGCUCACACCACCUGCCCUUCCUGGCCCCUCACUGAGAAACAGCGGCACCCAGACAGAACCUCAGGAGCCUGGCCCCGAGUCCGCUCACUUGCCCCCGCACACCCUCAGGCCCCCGCGGCCCUGCUGAGCUUCCGCCGAGGCGCAUGCUCCCCACCUGCCCACGAGGCCUGGUGCCAAGCAGUCUCACAGCAGCGGCGGUUCUGGGAGUCGGUAGCGAGGAGUGUGUCUGGGGGUGUCCCAUGGCACUUUGCCAGGCGGGGCUUUGAAAGGAAAGGGUCUGGUGGGGUCUCUGCAUAGGAGUUUGGUUUUCCUCCCCAGCCAGGGGAAGGGAGGUCUGGGCAGCGAAGGGCAGGGGCCUUGGUGAGCAGUGGCCCCGGAGCCCGGAGAGGAGUCUGCCCAGCGGGAGCUCGGAAGUGACUUUGAGCCGUUGACCUGUACCUUCUCAGACGCCUUUCUGCCUGUCGCGUUUAGGGUAUGGGUAGUGGGAGCCAUAACUGUGAUCUUGUUCUCUGAACGUAGAUAGCUGCUAUAAAGCCAGUAGAUGUCACACUGACAACAAAUUACCCUGCCUGCCAGAGUCGGGAGGAAGCUCUUCACUCCCUUGGCAUCCUCUAGUGACACGCAGGACACGUCUUUGUAUCAAGGACCUUAAACCCUCGACAGUUGUAUUUUGAACAUUGUUACCCAAAAAAUGCCAUGUCUUCAAGUCGUCUUCUGUGACAGGCGGGCCGAGAUGGACUCCAGACCCAUUUCACAAGCAGCCUGCCUCCCGCCUCUGGCUGUGCUUCGGUGUCUCGGCUCGGCUGUUCCACUCGCCCCGCUCCGCUGGGUCAGGGCCUGGCCCGUCGUCAGCUCCGGGUUUGCCACGCACUCUGCAGGGGCUCUGGGCCCCUCGAGGGCGUGCUCUUUGAUUUUAGGGCCAGACCACCAGGGGACUUGGGCAACUUCCAGGAGUGGUCUUUCUGUCAAAGCAAAUGCCCUUUUGUAGAGUGAAGGGCAAGAUCAGGGACGGGUCAUUUACUAAGUUAGUGUUUCUUUACUCAUAACUGCUUUACACUAAGCCACUUGGAUCCUGAGUAAUUUAAACAUUGAGCUACAGUGGUAAAUAAUAAAUUAUAUGAGCCCAGGAAUUCAUAGUUUCAUGGAGUCAGUCUAUAUAUAGCUUUAUUUUAAAAUAAAGAAAUCACUGCCAGGCUUCAUUCUUCCACACGAUCCUUUGGAAGUGGAUGCUUACUCUGGAAUCCGUAUCUCAUGGCACCUGGCCCAAGGAAUUCUUUAGCUCUUUAAUACACCAGGCCUCAAAAUUAUUUUCUGGGGUUUGGUUUUGUUUUGAUACUAGGGAUUGAACCCAGGGACACUUUACCACUGAGCCACAUCCCCAGCCCUUUUUAUUUUGAGACAGGACCUCACGAAAUUGCUGAGGCUGGCUUUGAACUCUUCAAUCCUCCUGCCUCAGGCUCCUGAGCUGCUGGGAUUACAGGUGUGCACCACCACGCCCUGUCGUUUUCUGGAUUUUUUUAUGGCCUUGUUGCUCAUGUGAGUAGUGUUUUGGUUCAGUGGUAGAUUUUUACUUUUAAUUCCUGGUACUAAUGAAAAUUCUGACGUUACUUUCUGAAAACCAAAAACUCCCCAGAUUUUUUCUUUUUGUACCAUUAAAAUGAAGAGCACCUACAGACCGCUGCACCUUCCAUUUGCACUAGGAAAGAAAAAUGGGGAUGGAAUGGACAAUAUUCCUGGCAAAUGUUUCAGUCCAAAAAUUCUGCAGCUCUGUUAGGAGCCAGUAGAUGUGUUCCCAAGAGGAUAUUAGGGAGCUUUUAUUUUAGAUUGAACUUUAUCCUUAACCAUGCAAGCCUUUCCUCCUGAAUGUUGUUUCCAUGAAUUUUAUUUUGUGUCAAAUGUAUAAGCCAUUGUCACAUUCAGCCAGUGCCACCACGUCUCAUUCUGAUGUAUGUAAUCACAGAACCCAGUCUGGGUUUCAUGCCCUCAUCUUCGAAUAUCAACACUGAUGUUCUACGAGGUGGGUGUGUCUGGUCUGUACAGACUGCAUCACAUUUGGUAGAAGGAAUGAAAACUAGCCUGAAACAAGUCUUUAGAACACACCCAUCUCCGAGAUGCUUUUCUUAUUGCUCAGGUAUUGGUCUAACACUGAGGUUGUUGGCCCUGCCAUCUCAGCCAGCAGGGCUGCCCUACCUGGAAGACAUCCUGGUCUCCCAAGAGAGCUGGGUUGUGGUUUUCAAAUAGGUCAAACUCCUAAUUCACAGCCUCUUCACCUGCUAGCCUUUUACUUAUCCUAAUCAGUUUGCUGCUGCCAUUAGUGCUAAGUGUUUUCCUUGUGUACCAGGACAUGGGAACUACUGUUAAGUGAUUUGCUUUGUUUGGGAAUAGGAAUUGGAAGGGAACACCCAGCCUGUUUCCUUUGGGUUUGUUUUCCUUUAAUCUAGAAUUCCUAAAUAGCUGAUGCAGGGGCUGUGGUGUGGCUCGGUGGUACAGCACCUGCCUACAAUCCCAGCACUGCAAAAUAAAGAAAAGAAACGUGCAAAGCAUCCAGUGUAGUUCAUGUUCAUGUAUCUGACAUGUCUCUUGAAAACACAUACAGUGUGGCAGCUGCUGAACCUGUUGAGUUUGUUCAUAAAGAUGAUGGUCCUUGGGAGACAGAUCCAAGAAGAAGGUGACUAUUUUGCACUUUUGAUACCCUUAGGAACAAAUAACUUAUUUGGCAAAUUGUGUCUUUUUUAUGUUUUAGGGUUUUCCGGGUUUUGUUUUGUUUUUUUCUUUGUUUUUGUUUUAGUUCUGUUUUUUUGUAUUGUGAACAGGCACUGAAGCUGAUGUUAUUUUGUUUUAAGAAUAUUACAGAUUGGAAACAAAUAAACU